CACUGCCCAUACCUCUAAAGCUUUCAGGGUUCUCACUUUGUCCUGUCCCUGUCCAUGGAGCAGUGAUGAUCUGGACACUGACUGCUCUAGCUCUUGCCUGUUCCCUGGUGUGUGUAGAUGCAGAAGGCCUGUAUGGAACGCGUGAGCAGAGAACCAUGACAUUCUCCAGGUCUUCAUCUGAUGACCAGGACGGCAACUUUCGUACAAAACGGGUGGCGCGGUCUCUCAAUUCCAACUUUGAGGAAUGUUUGACUCCUGUGAGUCCCAGGGAGUUCAGGGCCCUGGACAGCAACACGUAUGAGACAGUCUUUCAUGGAGAUGAGGGCUCUAGUUUUCUUUUAACAUGGGUAGGCGAUGGAACCGGAGUUAUUCUGGUUUUGUCCACGGUUGGCGCUCCAUCGUUUUACGAACACGGCUCUAUCCGACUCUACAGAAGUGAAGAUUACGGAAAGUCCUUCCAUGACAUCUCGUUUACCAUCAACAGUUCCUUCAUAAGACAGGACUUUGGGAUCGCUGUAGGCCCGGGGAACUCUCAGAAGGUGAUUCUGACAGCUGAGCUCCCCACUGCUUACGGCCCAGGAGGAGUUAUAUUCACUUCCAGGGACUCAGGAAAGACAUUCCGAUCUGUCCAGCUGCCCUUCCACCCGGCUCAGACCAUUUCAUACCAUGACCAGAACUCAGACUGCCUGGUGGUCAUCAGCACAGACGGCGGUCUGUGGCUCUCACUCAACUUUGGUAACAGCUGGGCGAAAAUCCACACUGGAGUUUAUUCCUUUACAUGGGGCCCCGAGUACAUUUUGUUCUUCAGUUAUAGCCCUAAAGGCACAGUGGGGGCAGACAGGCGAGGAGACCUUUUCCUGAGACGCACAAAGGACCUGGGCAAAACCUUCAGUACCAUCGCUCAGAACAUCUUCUCCUUCGGACACAUUGGAGGCUUCCUGUUCACCUCUGUCAUGGAGAGCCCGGGGUCUCCUCGGGCGCUGUAUGUGUCUACAGACCUUGGGGAUCGGUUCACCAAAGCCGUGCUCCCAACAGCGUCCACGGACCAGUUCUACUCGGUCCUGGAUGCUGAUGAUGAUAUGAUCUUCAUGCAUGUGGACAGUCCUGGAGACGAGACAUACUUUGGGACGGUGUACACUUCUGAUGACCGCGGCAUCCUGUUCUCCAAGUCUCUUGAACACCAUCUGUUUGGUACAAGCAAGAGCGACUUUACAAACGUGACAUCUCUGCGAGGAGUAUAUCUUACCAACGUCUUUGAGGGCGAUAGAGUUUGCACGGUCAUCACAUUCAAUAACGGUGGAAAAUGGUGGCCACUGAAAAAGCCAAAAAACGUGGAAUGUGACACAAGCUUAAAAAGGGUAAAUAAAUCUGGGAUUAGCAACCAUUUCAGAGCAGACGGAGAUAACACCUUUAUUCCUAUGUUUCAGUGUAACUUGCACAUUCAUGGAGAGCACAGCCAAUACAGCCACAUUUCUCCCAUGUCUCUUCUGUCUCACCCCUCAGCUGUCGGCCUGAUUAUCGCUCACGGCAGCAUAGGCGGCGCACUUUCAGCCGGGGACCCGGAUGUGUAUGUUUCCUCGGAUGGAGGUUACAACUGGAUAUGUGCACUGAGUGGACCUCACCACUACAGAAUCCUGGAUUCAGGAGGCCUGAUUGUGGCUGUGGAGUUUCACAAAGAUAGAAAUGCUAAUGCUAUAAAGUUCUCCACAGAUGAGGGACAAUGUUGGAAGACCUAUAAUUUCACAGAUUCUCCCAUCUACUUUGCCGGCCUUACAUCUGAGCCCAGUGCUAAGACGGUGAAGAUCAGUGUGUUCGGGUAUCGGUCCGAUGAGAAUAAACAGCCCACGCUGGUGGCGGUGACGAUAGACUUCGAGCAGCUUCUAACCAGAGAAUGUGGUGAGCGGGACUACGUGCAGUGGUUGGCCCAUUCUGAUGGAGGAGAACUCAAUUCAGAGACAGAUGGAUGUGUCUUAGGCUACAAGGAAACUUUUCAAAGGCUGAAGAGGAAGUCCGUCUGCAGAAUGGGACACAGCUACGUGGUCCGUAAGCAACAGACAGCGUGUCCCUGCUCCAGAGAGGAUUACAUGUGUGAUUACGGUUAUUACAGGCAGGAAAACAGCUCUGAAUGUGUGAAACUGCCUGAGUUCAGUAACAGGACACUGGAGCUCUGUCUGGACGGGGAGUUAGAGGAGCUUCAGACGACAGGGUAUAGAAAGAUCCCCAGUGAUAAAUGUGAGGGUGGCUUUACCCCCGCUCAUCAAAUGAUUCCUGCCAAAGUGCAUUGUGGGAAUUCCAGCCAGCCUUCCCAUAUCAGCCAUCAGCCGAACGGACUAAAGGAGGUGUGGUUGCUGAUCGUGAUCAGUGUUGCUGUGGGGACUGUAGCUCUGGUGAUCGGUAUUGCAGUAACUCUAACAGUCCAGAGGAUAAAAUACAGGCAGAGGUCAACAUCUUACCAAUUCUCAGCCCUUCAGCUGCAUGAAAAUGAGCUCUGUGUUGCCUCUGAUCAGCCUGCAAGCAGCAGCCCGGCCGUCUACCCAGCGGAUUCAGACGAGAUCAAAACUCCAGACCAGUGCUCUGAAAAAACAACUACACAAUAUUGCCAUAAACUUUGGACUGGAUUUCCUGAACUAGAUCAAGGUUUUUCAACUCCACUCCUCAGAGCACACGGCCCUGCACAGUUUUAAUCUCAGCUUCUCUUUCUGAGACGACACGAGGAAGAAAUUCGAAGUGGAACCAGACUCAAAAGGGAGCCCGUCCUGCUCUGUGGGGAAAGAGGCGGUUUAUACAGGAGUUAAAGUAGAAUUUUGGAAAGUGAUGGACCUCUGACCGUGAUCAGGAAGGAGGUUGCGCUUUAAAUUAGAUCUCACACCACAGGGUCUCAGGGGGAGUGGGGUGGACAGUACAUAAUCAAAUCACGCGGGACAUAACGACUGGGAUAACACUGCACUGCAAACACUGUUUCUCUUUUAAUUCCGGUUAAUUCACGUAAAUACUGGGUAUUGCAGGUUUAGCUAUAAUCUGUGUUAAUGAGAUCAGAUGACCUUAUGGACUAACUAUCUAACUAACCUUAUUACACAUCCUCCAGAGUAGUUACUGUACAUUUACAUUAACAGCCAAAAGCCUCCUCACCCUUGAAGCUCACAGGCAACGCCACACAGGAUAUACUGUAUAUAUGGAUAUAUAAUAUAUAUAUAUGUGAUUAUAUGAAAGCCUUCCUGGUGUGUGUUAAAGAGGAGGCUUCAGACAUCAAACUGUGUAUUUGUGUUUUCGAAUAUGUCAGGUAGAACAAAAUUUAUCAUUACUUCAUGUACAUUUUACAGGAAUAUAAGAAUGACAUCACAAGAAUCGUCGCUCUCAAAUUAAACAUAUCAUUUUAUAAUAUUCUUAAUAUUUAUUUAUUUUAUUUUUUGGCACAGAAACAACCGAAACAACAAUAAAAACAUGUGAUCAUGUG